UUUCCCGCGCCCAAACUUCCAGAGUGCAUGGUGGCCCUUGGAAUGCAAAACCUUCAAAUACCAGACUCUGCUAUUACAGCCUCGAGCUCAAGCAAUGCAAUCAGUUUUGCUCCGUACAUUGGUAGGCUCCAUUUUCUUUCUGCUGGCAGCGGUAAGUACGGAAGCUGGGCUGCAGGAACUAACAAUGAAUUCCAGUGGCUUCAACUUGAUCUCGGAAGCUGGACAAAAAUCUCGGCCGUGGCAACACAAGGAAGACAAGAUGCCGAUCAAUACGUGGAAACCUACACUCUUUCAUUCAGCUAUGAUGAAGUUUUCUGGGAAACUGUUAAGAAUGAACACGGCAUUACACAGGUCUUUACUGCCAACUCGGACCAAUACACAGUAGUAAGGAACGUAUUGCAUAAGCCAGUUAUAACCCGGUAUUUCCGGAUUAAUCCAAAAUCAUGGCAUGGGCACAUCUCCAUGAGAGCUGAAAUUUACGGUUGCAGAGAAGGUUUCGAACCACCAAAGAUCGUCUGCGCAGAAGCGCUGGGCAUGGAAAGUGGAGACAUUCCUGACUCUGCAUUAAAAUCAACGUCAAACUAUAAUCAAUACUCUGGACCUGAAAGAAGCAGAUUAGACGAAAUAAAAGAGGGUAGUUAUUACGGUGGAUGGUCGCCAAAGCAUGCUGAUAUUGGACAAUGGCUACAGAUAGACUUAGGAAAGGUAACAAAGGUCACCAGGAUCGCGACUCGGGGAAGAGACCAAACCAACUGGUGGGUGACCAAGUACACGCUGACUUACAGCAAUGGUGGAAAGUUUCAGCCCUACAAAAAUGGAGAGGUUAGUUUAUUGUCAUAGUCGCACUGAUUGCAAUUAAUCAGUAAGUCUGAGAACCCGUAUGGGUUUGUUAAGUAUGUGUGUAUUAAUUACGAACAAUUCUGGAAAGAAUGAACAUUAAUUAAAGGUUGUUAAAGAUGAAUUGUACAUAAUGCCGCAAACGUGGGACAGAGGAAAA